AUGCAGCAUGCAGCAUGCGUUUCCCUCGCGCGCGCCAUAGCAGCCAAGCGCUCCCCCGCUUCCGCUUUCAUCUCUCGCUCGCACGCGUGCCAUAGCAGCCAGGCGCCAUGGCAGCAUUCGUUCCCCUUCGUGUGCACCAUAGCAGCCAGGUGUACAUGGUGUAUACAUGUUGUAGGAGAAGGAAAUGGUAGCGUGGGAGAAGGAGUUGAUGGAGAUCAGCAGGGAGAAGGAGAUGUUGGCUCAGACGGCACGCUCGGGCAGGGAGCAGGAGUUGUUGGCGAUCAGCUAGGUGAAGGAGAUGGUGGUGAGGAACAAGAUGUUGAUGGAGAUCAGCUGGGAGAAGGAGAUGCUGGCACAGAAGGCACGCUCGGGCUCGUCGGCGCACACGGUCGCGGGGGCACCAGACUUGGCCUCGCCUGCCGCGGGCGCACUAGAAUUGGCCUCGCCGGCCGUGGUCACGCCGGGUUCCGCGUCUCAGGCAAAGGCAACGCCGAGCACGUCUCAGGCGUAGGCAUCACCGGGCGUGGCCACGGAACGCUCGGCCUCGUCGGCCGCGAGCACUGCAGUCUCGGAGUAGUUGGCCGCGGUCAUGUCAGCAUCGGGUUAUCAGGCGAAGGCAAUGCCAAGCUAGUGCGCUCCGGCCGCGGUCACGCCGGAUUCGAGGUCCCAGGCGAAGGCAACGACGGGCGCGACCACGGCACCCAACUUGGACUCGCUGGCCGUGGUCGUGCAGGGCUUGGACGUGCUGGCUGCGACGUAGCCGGGAUGGCAGCGGAGAGGCGCGCCGAGCUAGAGAACGUGGGCAGGAUGUACGAGCUGCUGGAGAAGGAGUUGAGGUUCAUGACGCUGGCUCACGAGGAGCAGUACACGAUGCCGUCGCUGGAGGUGCUGGAGCGCAACCUAGAGGCGGCCAUGUACAAGGUGCGCUACGACAAGCGAUGCUCUUACUACACUGCACCUCUGCCAUUUGCCAAAGUGACGUUCCUGAUAUCAAGUUUACCACUGAACUUGUAG